AGCUCAGUCUACAAUGCGAGAAAACGUUUGAGCAACUGGCUACAAACAAGACGUCUAUAGGAAUAUUUGGAGAUAAUCAAUAGAUCGAACACAGCCCCAGGUGGCUCUGUAGGCUGCACCAGGGCCCGUUGGGAGCCGGGGUCUGGUCUGCCAGGCUGAUGUAAAGUCCGCCCCCGCAGCCUGGUAGCUGCCCACGUGGUGCAGCACGUCUGAGGAGCCGGCAGGUUUUCUAAUAAAUCGCGCCCGGGCUAGCAGCGGCGGCGAGUCCGGUCUGGGACGCACACCGGAGAGACAGCCCGAGGAAGCGGCGCUGCGGCUGGCCGGAAUCGAGCGAGAUCUCCGGGAGCCGGGGGGCUGCAGACCGGGCGUCGGGGAAGCUAGCUGCAGAGCUGCUCUUUCCCCACAGCGGAGCUGGGAAGUGCCAGAAGCUGCGCCCGGACGCGCUAAGCGCGCAGCACCGCGCGGCAACCCCCGGGGGCCGCCUCGGGAUAUCGGCUCAACCAGUAGCCAGCCACUGCAGCCCUAGUCCGCUGGAGAGGGAGAGACCCGGUUCGACCGUCCCAUUCGAUCCCGUCCCGUCCCGGUCAGUCCCAGUUCUCCCAGCCGGACCUUGCCCGCCAUGGAACCCGUCCUUCUGGCAGACGCUGAGCAGGCGCCCCAUUUCCUCUCUAACAGCUCCGGCGCCAACGCGUCGGAGCCGGAGCCGGAGCUGACUGGGGGCGGCCGUAGCGCCGCGUCCAUCGCGCUGGCAGUGGCUAUCACAGCUCUCUAUUCGGCGGUUUGUGUUGUAGGACUGCUGGGCAACGUACUGGUCAUGUAUGGGAUCGUAAGAUACACCAAGAUGAAGACAGCAACCAAUAUCUACAUCUUCAACCUGGCCCUGGCUGAUGCCUUGGCCACCAGCACACUGCCCUUCCAGAGUGCCAAGUACCUGAUGGAGACGUGGCCUUUUGGCGAGCUGCUUUGCAAGGUGGUUCUCUCUAUCGAUUAUUACAACAUGUUCACCAGCAUCUUUACCCUCACCAUGAUGAGUGUGGACCGCUACAUUGCUGUCUGCCACCCAGUUAAAGCCCUGGAUUUCCGCACACCAGCCAAAGCAAAACUGAUCAACAUCUGUAUCUGGCUCCUUUCCUCUGGCAUUGGUGUGCCUAUCAUGAUCAUGGCUGUGACUCAGGCCAAGGACGGGAUCGUGGUUUGCAUGCUCCGCUUCCCGAAGCCCAGCUGGUAUUGGGACACCGUGACCAAGAUCUGCGUGUUCAUCUUCGCCUUCGUGGUCCCCAUCCUGGUCAUCACCGUGUGCUACGGGCUGAUGAUUCUGCGCCUGCGCACCGUGCGCCUGCUCUCGGGCUCCAAGGAGAAGGACCGCAACCUGCGGCGCAUCACCCGCAUGGUGCUGGUGGUGGUGGCCGCCUUCAUCAUCUGCUGGGCCCCCAUCCACGUCUUCGUCAUCGUGUGGACCCUCGUGGACAUCGACAAGAGGAACCCGCUGGUGCUGGCCAGCCUGCACCUCUGCAUUGCCCUGGGCUACACCAACAGCAGCCUCAACCCCGUGCUUUACGCCUUCCUGGACGAGAACUUCAAGCGCUGCUUCCGAGAGUUCUGCCGGCCCUUCCGCCGCGGACCCCAUCGGGAGCCCAGCAGCUUCAGCCGCGCGCGGGAGGCCACCGUCCGGGAGCGAGUCUCCACCUGCUCUCCCUCGGACGGCGUCAGUAGGCCGGCCUGACUAGAGCUGGGCCCGGCCUCCCGGGCAGCCCCAGGGGCCGAGCUCAACUCGGAAGUGACCCAGGUCACCACUACAGAGUUUUAGUCACAUGGUGGGUGGGGGUGGGAAGGGGGCUACAUCAGAGAUGGGAGCGAGCUGUAGGAAAUCCUAAGGUCUCUCUCCUCUUUGUCUCCUCCCCCACCUCCACGCCACAGCUCCUGGGGGGUCCACCAGGAUUGGGAGUGGGGGGCUUUUUUUUUGAGACCCUGGGGGAUAUGGCUGAUAUUUCACCCCUUCCCCAUUUCCCUCAUCCCCCAAGACUUGGGAUUUCCUGUAGCUAAUUAAAGGCUGGUCUCCACCUCUGUUGGAGUCCAUCAUAAUUGGAACUAUGCCUGGAAGGCGUAAUUAAGGAAUUAAGAACCUUAAAGUGUGUGGGAGAAAGGAGAAAGUACCCCCAUCCUAGUUGGGUUUGAGUGAGAGAGUUAAGUGUCUCACUUUAGUGCAGGUUUAUCUGUGAUGAAGUGGAGGAAAUAAUUUGUGGCGUUAUCCCUCUAAAGCUGGAUUCAGGAGAAAUCCUGUUCUUUCCCUCCCACCCCUUCCAUCCAUACAUAUACUGACGUCCCUUACCCAAGGAUUUGGUUUUUCCAAAAUCAUUGAAUGGCAGAGAUGGAAAGGACCUAAGUGAUGUCUCUGAUCUGACUAACAAUCUCUCCAAUGGUAAUGAGUCCAACAGGUAGUCAUUCAGUUUCUUCUUGAAGGCCUCUAGAGAAGGAGAAUUCACCACUUCCUAAAGCAGCCCAUUCCAUUUGGGGACAGCUCUGGAUGAUGUUACUUUUUCCCUGACAUCACAUUUAAAUCUAUCUCUUUGCAACUUUUACCCAAUGGAUUUUUUUUUGUGGGUGGGGUAAGGGGAGGGAGAGACAGACAGAUGUCUACACAGACAGACCUAGUCGGUCUCAGAAUUCCUGUUUUUGGUUCACCUAUGUCAGUCAUUCCAUUUGGAAUUUUCUUGGCAAAGAUACUGGAGAGCUUUGCCAUCUCCUUCUCCAGCUUAUUUUACAGAUGAAGAAACUGAAGCAGAAAAGAGUAAGUGACUUGCCCAGGGUCACACAGCUAGUAAGUGUCUAAGACCAGAUUUUCAGUUAGAGGCCCAGCACUCUAUCCAUUGAGUCCCUGGUUGCUCCUUAGAACUCCCUGCCCGCUUCUUCUGGAUUUGCCUGUCUAUAACCUGUAAGGUCAGGGAUCUUUACCCCAUGAUCCUACCCAGAGUAUUUCUUUCCUUUGAUCGUUAAAUUACUGAUGUCAAGAAAGAUGGGGAAGGAGAGGGAAAAUCCCUGGGUUAGUUGGCUGCAGAGUAGAUUUGAUUUAUUUUUUUCUAAAACUUAAUGAAACAAUUUUUAGAUUUGCCCCUAACUUGCUAUUUGAUCCUGGGCAAGUCAGUCUUCCUUUCUAAGCUGUAGCUCUCCUUUCACUAAAAUGAGGGGUUUGAAUUAGAUGAUCCUUUCAUGUUCUAACAUUCACUUCUGUGAUUCUCUUUCCCCAGAGAACAGAUCUCUUCCCAGAGCCUCUCCUCCCCCUUCCUUGUUCUGCUCCUUCUCCCUUCAGUCACGCUAACUUGGGCUCUCAUGUUGAAGUGUCGAGUUGACAUCCUUGUAAAAACAAAUUUAAUUUUCUUCCUUUUUUGGGACAAAUUGAGGUAAAUUGACAUUUUUAUCUCAAACAGAAAAAAAAUGUGAACAAUCCACUUCUCCUCUCCCCUUGACAGUCAUUUCCGUGGAACAAAAGCCUUUUUUCCCUCUGUAUCUGUGGCGCUGUCACUCACCUUCGGGUGCUCAGAGGGCCAAGCACCCUGGCUGGUGCAGGAAGGCAUUGGCAGAGUGCCAGAAGAGUGGGAGGCAGGGUAGGAGUUGGGGGAGUCACUGGAACUCUCUCAUAUGCCCUCUUUCCAUAUUUUGCUUCUCCCUUAAACCCCAUCAUUGUUUCCUGACUGUGGAGAACUGGGGACCCUCCAAGACACACUCUGAACUAUACGGAUGGGACUGGGGUCUCACCAGUGGUCACCUCCAUUUGUAAUCUGACCAGCUUUGGCCACUUCCUUGAGCUCUUCUCUAUUUGCAGAAAGACAGAGCCUAGUAGCAAUCCCAUCCAGAGAUCAUCACUCUCCUGGGGAGACAGAGACAAGACAAACCUCCUGGAGCACUGAAUCCCAUGGAUGAAACCCUGGGACGAUGCUGAAACCCCCUUGACUGGCAACUCAAUGUCACCACGGUGGAAGGAAUUUCAGAAGGGCUAUAACUUUGCCCAAAUCUGCUGCUUAUAAAUUGCACAGCUCAAAAUAAAAAUAAAUAACCAACUAGGUGAAAGGCCCUGGGUUCACCCGAGGCAAAUGGCCAGUUUAACUGCUCACCAGCACCAGAUGUGCCUCUGCUGCUGGCUUUUGUAUGCUUCUCAUUCAUGCUAUUCAUUCAGAGGUAAUUAUUGUGUGUAACUGGUCCUGGCUGCUCUUUCUAAGCACUUGUACACGUGUAUCUAUUUUCUUCCUACUAACAGUUCCCUUUCAAUGUCUGUGAAUAAGUUCAAGUCUGACUUCCUUUACCUUUGUGAGACUUUGUUCCUGCACGCCACUAAGACUUGGUUAAGUCACCUGGAGAUCAAUCUCCAUCAGGCACAUAUAGGGAAGCAGGUGGUGGGGUAUAGAAUUAUUAAAGGUGAUUGUGAUGCAUUGGGUCACUCCCAAUGAAAAGUUGUCAUGUCCCCUGCUGGACUAUUCGGCAGCAACUCAGAAUUCUGCUUUAGAACUUGGGAUGAUCCAGCUAUGCUCCAUAACUAUGGUCAUGCCCAAAGGGGCUGGAAGAGCCCAGCUGUCUAGUGACUAAACCCAGCACUGGAAGCUUCCUUCCUUCUACUGAUUAUCUCUCUUAAUCUAGCCAUUCAUUAAGUUCACUGGGGAGUUAUUAUGCUUCUGACAGAAAUAGCACGAGGGAGUUCAUUUUUGGUGUAUUUGACUUGAGACCUUGUCCCCUGAAGCAGUGACAUAUAGACAUCUUCCUGGAUUAAGAUGGGGUUGGAGGAUGAAGGGGUGGAGAGAGAAAGGGAAAGGGGACAGAGACAGAAAGGAAGAGAGACAGAGGGAAAGGAGGAGAAAGAGAUGGAGAUGAGACAAAGUAAGGAAAAGGGGGAGGAUAGGAAGGGGAAGGGAGGAGAGAGAUGGGAGAAGAGAAAGAGGAGAAGAGAGAAACAGGAGAAAGAGAGGAGAAUAGGAGGGAGAGAGGACAAACUCAGGUGAAGGAGAGACAGGGAGAAAGGGGAAAAGAAAUAGGAAACAGAAAGGAGGCAGGAAAAGAAAGUGAGAGAGAAGAGAGGGAAAUGAGAGAGGGAUGGAGGAGAAAGAAAAAAGAGUGGGGGAGAGAGGAAACAAAGGGAGAAAAAAGGAGGGAGAAGGAAAGGGAGAGAGGAGAGAGAGAAAUGACAAACAAGAGAAAAAAGAAAAAAUGAGAUAGGGGUGGGUGUGUGUGCGUGUUUCCUUCUGGAAUGAGUCUUUUCUUUUAUAUGUUCUCUCAAAGAACAUAAACCUUCACCUACUAGUCUGUCUGUGACCUGGAAUAGGAGGGAUCUAGUAGAAGUAGGUCCAGAGCUGAUUGUGCUCUCAGGCAUAGGUGAUGAUAAGAAUUAUCUGCAGGCAAAAGGCAUAGAAAUGCAAUUUGGAGUGUGUAGCACACUUUUCCUGGAUUUUUAGCAAAGCAUUUGGUAGUUUCUCAUACUAUUCUUGUGGAGAAAAUGGAGAGCUGUAGAUCUGAUGAUAAUGUAGUCACAUGGAUUCCAGUGCCAGGCAGUGAGGUUCAAAAAAAGGCAAAAAACAGUCCCUGCCUUCAAAGAACUUCCAGUCUAAUAUGAAUGAUUCUUAGUUAAUCAUGGGGUCUACAAUCCCAGGAAUCUAGGCUUGGUCCUGCACCUGUAUAAAAGCAUAGGUGAAUGAUCUGCUCAUCAAGUACUGGUGACACUGAGUUGGGAGGGAUGGCUCAUAUAGGAUGACAAAGUCAGGAUCCCAAAAUUUAAUAUGAAAAGCUUUAGGGGAAAAAAGGUUUCCCCAAGUUCAAGAUUAUGAAGGAUGGCGAUCAACAGCUGUUUCAAGAUAAAUCUGAGGAUGUUAGUGAACCUCAAGCUCCAUCAGUCAGUGAUGAAAUAUGUCAGCCACACUGAGAUUAAUGAGAUCUUGGGCUAUAUUAAGACAGAUGUUGCUUCCAGGAAAAAUGAAGGUGCUAAUCCCACUGUUCUUUGCCCUCAUCAGACCAGUUCAAAUUGUGCUUCAGACAUAUGACACUUACUAGCUGUGUGAUUCUGGGCAAGUCGCUUAAUCCUGAUAACCUCUGGUGAGGGAGGGAGAGAGGGAAAGCGUUGUGUUCUGUUUGGGUGCAGCUGAAGAAAGAAACUGAUAAGCUGGAGAGAGUACAGAGGAAAACCAGGGUGUUGAAGGGCCUUUGGUUUGCAUCCUAUGUGGAUUGAAGGAACUGGGCAUGCAUUUGAGGGACAUGCUACCUAUCUUCAGGUACUUGAAGGGUUUUGAUGCAGAGAAAAGAUGAGAUGUUCUGUAUGACACCAGAGGUUAGAACCAAGAGGAGCAGGUGGAGAUUUUGAAGAGCAACUUUUGGCUUGAUAAGAGAGGGGAAAAUAAUAUUAGAGUGGUCCAAAAAUGGAAUGGACUGCUUUGAGGGAGUGGUGCGCUAUCUCUCCUAGGAGAAGAUGGGAUCUCUGAAGGAUGUUGCUAAGAUUAAGGAAGACUGGGGAAGACUCCUCUUGGAGGUGGGAUUUUAGCUGAGAAUUGAAGCUAGAGCAAGCAGGAGGCAGAGAUAAAGAAGGAGAGCCAGUGUCCUCCCUAAUGUAGAAGUCCCGUCUCAAUACUCAAAACUUGAAUUUGGAGACUCUUCAAAGAAUCAAAAGGAGGUGAUCCAUUACUCAAUGAGCAAGACUAGAAUUUGUGACUCCCAGUUGAAGGCAGGAGUGCUCCAUCUCUUAAGGGUACCAGUGUAGACCAGAAUCCCCCAUAUAUGAAAGAAUGACUUUCAUGUUGGGAUAGUUUAUGAAGUCAGCCUGAGUAAGCAAGUAUAAAUGAUUCCUGUCUAAACAAUAGUGCCUAAAUUAAGAUUGAGGUUCAUGUGGCAGAGAUUUCUGGAGGAGCUUUUUUCUUCCAAUAACACAAACAAGAAUUUGUUUUAUUUUCUGGAACCAGUCUCCAAACUGACCCUUGUGGUCCCUGGUGACCUCUACUGGGUAUGUUUUCUGAGUAGCAUUUUGUCAAAUAUUUCUGUGUUAUAGUUCUUGAGGAGAAUAGUUGGGCAGACAUUCAGAAAAACACACGAUGGAUUUGGAGGCAGAAGAUCCGAGUUCAGAUCUUGACUCUGCCAUUGAGGAUAUUCUUAUGUGUCCUUUGACAAUAGCUUUCACAUUUCAGGGACUCCUGAGGGGGCUGGGUAGGAUAAUCUUUAAGUUUCCUUCCAGCUUUAAAUAUUCCACCUCCUCUGCAGAGUCUGGUGCUAGACACUAUGAAGGACAGGGGUGGGUGGAUUCUAGGGUCUCUGUCUUGAGGGUGCCUUUACUCCAGGUGGAAAUAGAGACACUAAGAAUAGCUGAAAUAAAGAAACACAGUUAAUUGCUAAGCAACACAGCAAACUACUCUAUUUGCCAAAGGGUGUAAAUCUGUAAGUGCACAGAGCUUUCCAGCAAGUGCGUUUAAUCGGAGAGGGCUCCCCAGAAAGAAUGGACUGAGCGGACUUUCCUCCCCAAAGGAUAGAAGGUACAUGGAUAGGUGCAAAUCGGGUAGGGAGAGACCUGCCAAGUCAACAAGAGAUUUUGUGACCAGGGCCUGGGUAUGUGGUUGUGGCUGGAAGGACCAGUAGAUGUCAGAAUGAGAACGAGCCAGUGUUAGGACUCCAAGGACCUAGGUCCUGGUACAGGUACUGCAAGGCUAUUAUUAGCUCACUGUGUGUCCCUGACACAAGUGACUUUCUCUCUCUGUAAAAUGAGGGAGCUGGUAGGGAUGACCUACCUUUCUGGCUUGACCUCCCAUGUGUCUCUUCUUGUGUUUCAGAGUCCAAGGAGACUCAGCUCAAUGAGAUGCUAGAAGGGAAGCUGGAAGACUUGAAUUAUAAUGGAGAAAUUAAGUUCUGGGAGGCAAGGGGUUUGUUUUCUGGGGUUUAUUUCUCUUAAGCACACCAAACAUGAAGGUCUUUUUGUUUUUAUAUUUUUUACAACCAAAUCACAAACCAAAUUUUUGUUUUUAUGUACAAAAUUAGCGGUGAAUUUACAUUCAUAGAGGAUGUAGUGAAAAGCAGUAUAGAGUAGUGGUUAGGGGGUCAGCCUUGAUGCCAGGAAGUUUCCUCACUUAGGAGUUUUCUGUAUUGAUGAUGUCACAAGUUUAGUAUCUAUGCUUAAAAAAACUGACCCAAUAGCAACAACCCAACCUCAAUAACAAGCAUGCUCUAUACCAUGUGGAUUUCUAUUGUCCUUCCCCCAACAAGACAUUUUCUAUCUUCCUCAUAUCAUUCCAGAAGUUUGUUUUUUCCAUGGUCUUACAUUUCUAGAAAUUGUUACAUCUCUAUAGAGACUAGGAGAUAUGUUUGGAGCCCAUCCCUUAUGUAUGAUAAUGUAAGACUUGGUUGAGUAGAAAUGAAUAAUUUUGCCAAGGGAUGAAGCGUAGAAAAACUCAGACUUAGGAAAUAUCAGACUGGAUUAGUCAUUAGAAUGUAUAAAAUGAGAGGAAGCCUUUUUUGAAAAAAAAUUAUUUCUCUCAAUUAUAUGUAAAAACAAUUUUAAAUAUUCAUUUCUUAAAAUGUUAACAUUUGGGUCUUUAAACUUCUCUUUCAUUGAGAAAUCAAGUAAUUUUACAUAGGUUAUACAUGUGUAGUAAUGCAAAACAUAUUUCCAUAUUAGUCAUGUUGUGAAAGAAAACAGACCAGAAAAAAAAAAACUAAGAAAAAUAAAUAAAGCUUUUUAAAAAGUAUGCUUCAGCCUGUAUUCAGACUGCAUCAGUUCUUUCUCUGGAGAUGGAUAACAUUUUUCACAAAAAGUUUUUUGGAAUUAUUCUGGAUCACUGUAAUGCUAAGAAUAGUUAACUCACUCACAGUUGUACAAUAUUACUGUUACUGUAUAUAUUGUUCUCCUGAUUCUGCUCGCUUCACUUUGCAUCAGUUCAUGUAAAUCUUUCCAGGUUUUUUCUGAAAGCAUUCUGCUCAUCAUUUCUUAUAGAACAAUAGUAUUCCAUCCCAAUCUUAUACAACAUCUUGUUCAGUCCUUCCUUAAUUGAUGGACAUUUCCUCAAUGUACAAUUCUUUGCCACCACCAAAAAACUGCUAUAAAUAUUUUUGUGUACAUAAGUCUGUUUCAUUUUUCUUUGAUUUCUUUGGGAUAUAAAUCUAGCAGUGAUUUUGCUGGAUAUGCACAAUUUUAUAGACCUUUGGAUAUAAUUCUAAAUUGCUCUCCACAAUGAUUAAAUCAGUUCACAAUGCCA